AUGGCCGGGCGCUGCCUCCGCCUGGCGCUUCUCCUCCUGCUGCCGCUCCUCGACGCCAAGGCCGGGCAGAGUUGCUACAAGCCGAGGAUUCCCAGGCCCUACGCCGUCCGGUAAGAGCGCACUCGUCCCUGGGAGUGGCGGGAGCAUGGAUGCGCAUCAGGAGGGGAGGUGGCCUGAGCAUGCGAAAAGUGCAUGGCCUUCGCUAAGCGUCCAGAAUUGGGGGAGCUGCUUCUCUCCCCCGGCGAUUCCCUACAGCCGUCCGCUGCAGCCCGAGAUCUCCGACGGCUCUCCUUUGGGCUGCGCCAAACGAACCGGGCGGCGGCCGGAUUGUUCUGGGGAGACCCCGAGAGCCCUGCGGGGAUUUGUCGCGUUCUCCCCGGGGAUUUUCCUCCUCCUCCUCCUCCUCCUCCUUCUGCAGGCGUGGUUUCCCGGACGCCGCUUGAAAAAUAACCGGCCGGCAGCAGGCGAGCUGCAACCGCGGCAGGAGCAGAUCUCGGCGCCGCCCAGCAGCGCGGAGGGUCGUCCAAAGACGGCCCAAGGUCCGUGCAAGUUGGUGGCACAGGCAGAAGCGGCGUGUUUGGACUCGGAGAGGGAAAAGCUGGGCCGAGAUUUUCCUGCUUGCCCCACAAGCACGGCCUUGGUGUGCGAGGCUACCUCGCAGGGCUGUUUGGAGGAUGAAAUUAAAUUCUUGCAAGCCACCCUGAGCUGCUGAAGGAGGGUGCAGAGCUGAAAUAGCACCCUAUUUCCAGGGAGGAAAGGCAUGGCUUUGGUGGGUAGCAUGUUUGGUUUUUUUAGCCUGGUGUUGCUUAGUGGAGGAGCACAUGCAGAAAGUCUGUUUUCUCUAGGCAGGGCUCAGAAAGAUCCCUGGGUGAAACUUCAAACCCAGAUGAAGCAAUGAUCUCACUGUGUAAGGUAACUUUAUAGAAAGCUGGUGUGCUGAGUCAGACCAUUGGGCCAUCAGGGUUGCCUGCACUGGCUGGCAGCAGCAGCUCUCCAGGGGUUCAGACUGAGGUCUCUCCCAACCCUGGCUGGAAAUGCCAGAGUGGGACCUGCAUGUUCUUCCUCUGAGCCAGGGCCCCUGUGUUUGGAAUAUGGGAGACACUGGCUCAUAUGCCCAGUCAGCUGGCCAGAGACAUUAUGCUGCCUGAGGCCAAUAAUAUACUCACCCAAGCACUGGCCACUCCAUUGACAGAGGCCUACUGGACUGGGAGUGGGGGCAGUGUAUCCUCCCCCCCACUUGAGGGCAGCAGAUCAGAGACUCACGCCUCCUGCAGAGAGCCAGGGCAGGGGGUUCAGGAGGAAAUGCCAGGGGGCUGCCACUGCCCUCCCCGCUCCAGCAUCUCCUUCCCAAGAUGGCCACCUCACUUUGCCCAAGGGCUUUUUGCUGCGGCAACCCACAUGUCCGAAUUCACUUGGUGUGGUGAUCCCAUUGAUUAUUUUUGUUCCACAAGUGGGGGGCUCAGCUUUGGGCUUGGUGGAUUUUAACUGCCAAGGUAGCUAAGUACCUUGAUUUGAGACAUCCAAGCAUAUUACGGCUGAGCAUAUUACAGUGAUCUUGGCUCGACUUCGCUGGCUGUCCAUUACUGUAGUUUCUGGACCCAAUUUAAAGUGCUGGUUUUGACCUAUAAAGCCUUAAAGGGCUCAGGACUGCAAUGCCUGGAGGACCGCCUCUCCCCAUAUAAACCCCAUAUGACUCUGCUUUCAUCCUCUGAGGCCCUUCUAUGCGUGCCUUCAUAUGAAGUCUGGAGGGUGGCAACACGAGAAAGGGCCUUCUCUGUAGUGGCUCCCUCUUUGUGGAAUGCUCUCCCCAGGGAAAUUCACCUGGUGCCUUCAUUAUAUAUAUUUUUUGGCACCAGGCGAAAAUGUUCCUCUUCGAAUAGGCCUUGGGCUGAUCAAUAUCCUACAGCUUUUAAAAUGCAUUUUUUGGGAAGGAGGGUGGGUACUGUUUUGCUGUUUUGUCUUACUUAUUUACUUGUUUUUAUCCCAUAUUUUAUUCUGUAAACUGCCCUGAGAUCUUAUGAUGAAGAGCAGUAUAUAAAUCUAAUGAAGAAACCAACAAAAAUAAAUAAAUUCACCUAGCAUCUAUGAAUGUGACAAACCAUCACCAGAUCUCCAUCAUAGGCCAGUUCCCAAGGGUUAAAAUGUAAGGCUUCGGCCUUUGCAAUGCUCAGUUGCAAGUGUCAUUAGAAUACGCCAACAAAACAAAAGUUGUAAGAGGUAUUAAUCAUACCAGUGAAGGAUCAAAAACAGUAAUUAUUUUGGGUUUACUUAUCAAGCCUCUUGCAUCGACUUCACAAUCCACUCGUAGCUUGCAGCCUACAGCUGUGGUUCUCAGAGGGUGUGGCAGGAGAGGAUUCACCGACGGUCAAAGACACAUCUAAACAUUUCAGUAUAGCACGGUAGAUUAUAGCAUCUAAAUUAUUAUUUGUGGAUAUGCAACCAGAAACAGUAUGCAUGUGUCUCUUUGAUAGUAUUGGCUGCUCUCCUACAGAUCCCUAUGGGAUAUUGUUGUGAACAGCGAAGAUCAGGAAGGAUGUGUUGAUGAGGAGAGGUUUGUUUUUGGUCUCAAAUUAGACCUAAUAUAAAUGGGAUUACCUUUGCAAAAGCAAGCUCACGCCUCUCCUUGAGUUUGUAUGCAUACUUAAGGAACAUAUGCAAGAGGCUCCUUUAUAAUUAUAUUUUGGGAGUGAGUCAUAUUCCUAUGGAGUUGCUUCUUGGAAGCAACAGAGCACACCGUCUCCACCAAGGAGGAGACAGGGGACUCCCCUGAGAAGGAGGCUAGUUCACCAACACAGGAGCCAGAUAUAUGGAGAAACGUGACUCAAAGAAGUAGGAGGCCCAGGGUUCGCUCUGAUUGUUUAGAAAUACACAAUCGCUUUGAGGUCCUCUCCCCUAGCAUGGAAGACGAAGAGCAGACUCCAUUUGAGGAUCUCUCCCUCAUUACAGUCGAUCAGGUAUAUGAAGACGAGCAGCAAAGUCAGUCCUCAGGGAAUGUGCAGGCGACCUUGGAACAGACAGCUCACGGAAGAACCCCGACCAAACCUAAGAGGAGGCGUGUAGUGGUGAUAGGGGAUUCCCUACUGAGGGGAACAGAAGCAGUGAUCUGUGGGCCUGACAAGAUGUCUCGGGAAGUGUGCUGUCUCCCCAGGGCUAAGAUCCAAGAUGUAACUGAACGACUGCAAGGAAUCAUAAAACCCACUGACAAAUACCCCUUCCUCUUGGUUCAUGUGGGAACCAAUGUCACUGCAAGCAAUAGCCUCCAGAAGAUCAAAAGACACUAGAAGGCUCUGGGCAGGAAAUUGAAGCAAUUAAAUGCACAAAUUGUCAUCUCAUCUGUCCUCGCAGUUGAACGACAUGGCCCAGGGAGAGAGGGAAUAAUAGUGGAAGUGAACAGCUGGCUUCGCAAAUGGUGUAAACAGGAACGGUUUGGAUUCUUAGAUCACGGACUGCAGUUUCUUGAAGAUGGACUUCUGGCAAGCGAUGGGCUGCACCUCACAACGGUUGGGAGGAAUGUUUUUGCCAAAAAUCUCAGAAACCUCAUCAGGAGGGCUUUAAACUGACUAAUGUGGGGGAGGGAGACAGUGCUCCUGAAGGUAGGAGUCUAUCAAUUGAUGAGGAUGAUCAUCCAAAUGUCAUAGACCAAAUGGAGCAAACAGCACGCAGACCUAGUGGUGGGAGGAAAAAAUCCUUAAAUAAGAGUCACGGGGGAAUGAUUAAUGGACUUCAGUGUCUGUACACUAAUGCGCAAAGCAUGGGAAAUAAACAAGAUGAGCUUGAGCUCUUGGUACAGCAAACUAAAUAUGACAUAAUAGGCAUCACUGAAACCUGGUGGGAUAAGUCCCGAUUGGAAUGUAACAAUGGAGGAUACAAUCUAUUUCAGAGAAACAGACCAGACAAGAAAGGAGGAGCAGUGGCGUUAUAUGUCAGGGAUGUGUAUACCUGUGAAGAGAUCCAAGAUUUAGAACCUCAAAGCCAAAGUGAGAGCAUUUGGGUCAAAAUUAAGGGAGAGAAGAAUAACAGUGACCUCAUUGUGGGAGUUUACUAUAGAUCCCCAAGCCAAACGGAGGACAUAGAUGAUGCCUUCCUGGAACAGAUGGCCAAGCAUGCAAAAGGAAGGGAGAUAGUAGUAAUGGGGGACUUCAAUUACCCGGAUAUUUGUUGGAUGUCAAACUCAGCCAAGAGCAUAAGGUCAAACAGAUUCCUCACUGGCCUUGCAGACAACUUCAUUGUCCAGAAAGUGGGAGAAGCAACAAGAGGAACAGCCAUUUUAGAUCUGGUCCUAACCAAUGUUGAUGACCUGGUUAGUGGGGUAGAAGUGGAAGGAUCAUUAGGCGCGAGUGAUCAUGCUCUUCUGAAGUUUACUAUACAGCGGAAAGGAGCAGCCAAGCAUACUAGGACUCAAUUUCUUGACUUUAAGAAAGCCGACUUCAUAAAACUUAGGGAAGUGCUGGGUGAGAUUCCAUGGACAGUAAUACUAAAAGGAAAGGGAGUUCAUGAUGGCUGGGAGUUUGUUAAGAGGGAGAUAGUAAAAGCACAACUUCAGGCAAUACCAAUGAGACGGAAACAUGGAAGGUGCCUAAAGAAGCCAGGGUGGCUAUCUAAAGAACUUUUAACUGAGUUAAGAUUAAAAAGGAUGUGUACAAAAAAUGGAAAAGGGGGUAAACCACCAAAGAGGAAUUCAAACAAAUAGCCAGCACGUGUAGACACAAAGUCAGAAAAGCUAAAGCACAGAAUGAACUCAGGCUUGCUAGAGAGGUUAAAAGCAACAAAAAAGGCUUUUAUGGGUAUGUUCGUAGCAAAAGGAAGAACAAAGAAACAGUGGGGUCACUCAGAGGAGAAGAUGGUGAAAUGCAAACAGGGGACACAGAAAGGGCUGAACUCCUCAAUGCCUUCUUUGCCUCAGUCUUCUCCGAUAAAGAAAACAAUGCCCGACCUGAAGAAUUUGGAGCAAAUGAUUCAGCAAAGGAAACACAGCCCAGAAUAACUAAGGAGAUAGUACAAGAAUACUUGGCUAGUUUAGAUGUAUUCAAGUCUCCAGGGCCAGAUGAACUGCAUCCAAGAGUAUUAAAAGAACUGGCAGAUGUGAUCUCAGAACCACUGGCAGUCAUCUUUGAGAAUUCCUGGAGAACAGGCGAAGUCCCGGCAGACUGGAGGAGGGCAAAUGUUGUCCCUAUUUUCAAAAAGGGAAAAGAGAGGACCCAAAUAAUUACCGCCCAGUCAGUCUGACAUCAAUACCAGGGAAGAUUCUGGAGCAGAUCAUUAAGCAAACAGUCUGUGAGCACCUAGAAAGGAAUGCUGUGAUCACCAAUAGUCAGCAUGGAUUUCUGAAAAAUAAGUCAUGUCAGACUAACCUGAUCUCGUUUUUGACAGAAUUACAAGCCUGCUAGAUGAAGGGAACGCAGUGGAUGUAGCCUACCUUGAUUUCAGCAAGGCAUUUGACAAGGUGCCCCAUGAUAUUCUUGUAAAGAAGCUGGUAAAAUGCAGUCUUGACUAUGCUACCACUCAGUGGAUUUGUAACUGGCUGACUGACCGAACCCAAAGGGUGCUCAUCAAUGGUUCCUCUUCAUCAUGGAGAAGAGUGACUAGUGGGGUGCCACAGGGUUCUGUCUUGGCCCGGUCUUAUUCAACAUCUUUAUCAACGACUUGGAUGAUGGACUCAAGGGCAUCCUGAUCAAAUUUGCAGAUGACACCAAACUGGGAGGGGUGGCUAACACCCCAGAGGACAGGAUCACACUUCAAAACGACCUUGACAGAUUAGAGAACUGGGCAAAAACAAGAUGAAUUUUAACAGGGAGAAAUGUAAAGUAUUGCACUUGGGCAAAAAAAAUGAGAGGCACAAAUACAAGAUGGGUGACACCUGGCUUGAGAGCAGUACAUGUGAAAAGGAUCUAGGAGUCUUGGUUGACCACAAACUUGGCAUGAGCCAACAGUGUGACGCGGCAGCUAAAAAGCCAAUGCAAUUCUGGGCUGCAUCAAUAGGAGUAUAGCAUCUAGAUCAAGGGAAGUAAUAGUGCCACUGUAUUCUGCUCUGGUCAGACCUCACCUGGAGUACUGUGUCCAGUUCUGGGCACCACAGUUCAAGAAGGACACUGACCAACUGGAACGUGUCCAGAGGAGGGCAACCAAAAUGGUCAAAGGCCUGGAAACGAUGCCUUAUGAGGAACGGCUAAGGGAGCUGGGCAUGUUUAGCCUGGAGAAGAGGAGGUUAAGGGGUGAUAUGAUAGCCAUGUUCAAAUAUAUAAAAGGAUGUCACAUAGAGGAGGGAGAAAUGUUGUUUUCUGCUGCUCCAGAGAAGCGGACACGGAGCAAUGGAUCCAAACUACAGGAAAGAAGAUUCCACCUAAACAUUAGGAAGAACUUCCUGACAGUAAGAGCUGUUUGACAGUGGAAUUUGCUGCCAAGGAGUGUGGUGGAGUCUCCUUCUUUGGAGGUCUUUAAGCAGAGGCUUGACAACCAUAUGUCAGGAGUGCUCUGAUGGUGUUUCCUGCUUGGCAGGGGGUUGGACUCGAUGGCCCUUGUGGUCUCUUCCAACUCUAUGAUUCUAUGAUUCUAUCUCAUAAAGUAGUUGUGCUCUGUUAUAAAUCAAGCACUGCUAGGUGUUAUUUCGUUUUCGUUUUCCAGUCCUGUCAAUAAAAAAAUUUCGGUGUGGUGUGAGCAAAUUUUUAUUCCAAAAGUGUGACCCAGAGAAAAACAUUUUGAGAACCACUGACCUGCAGGUUGGAAAAUGCUGGCCUACGGGAAGGGGCAGCCCUCCCUAUGAAGCGCAGUAUUGAGCAGCAGAAGCAUUUAUGAGUGCAGAAAUACAGUGGUACCUCGGGUUAAGCACUUAGUUCGUUCCAGAGGUCCGUUCUUAACCUGAAACUGUUCUUAACCUGAAGCACCACUUUAUCUAAUGGGGCCUCCUGCUGCCGCUGUGCCACUGGAGCACAAUUUCUCUUCUCAUCCUGAAGCAAAGUUCUUAACCUGAAGCAUUAUUUCUGGGUUGGCGGAGUCUGUAACCUGAAGUGUAUGUAACCUGUAGCAUAUGUAAUCUGAGGUACCACUGUAGAGGCGUACUUUUCAGAGAGAUGGCAUUGGAGCCUCUGCUCCAGACUCUCCAGUGUGCUUGUGGGGUGAUGGGGGACAGGAUUAUUUCCCCCCUUUCAACACACCCUUAUGGCAAGGGUGGGGCUUUCUAAAUCAGCUUGCAUGUUUUGUGAGUCUAUCUAAAGGGCUGUCACGUGAAAGGUGGAGCAAGCUUGUUUUCUCCUGCCGCAGAUAAUGGCAUCCAAACCAAAUUGCUUCAAGUUACAAAAAGGGAGAUUCUGACUAAAUAUCAGGAAGAACUCUUCCUUGGAGGUUUCCUUCCUCGGAGGUUUUGAAGCAGAGGUUGGACGGCCAUCUGUCAUGGAUGCCUUUAGCUGAGAUUCCUGCAUUGCAGGGGGUUGGACUAGAUGACCCUUAGGUCCCUUCCAACUCUACGAUUCUGUGGGAGAAGGAGUCCCUCCAGAUUUAGUCCUGUGAGUUAUAAGGAGUGGCAGGGGGACCUGCAACGAAGUGGUGCAGUGUGAAAAAAUGUCACCUUGAGGAUGCCAGCCAGCCAGCAAUGCCCUUUUUCAGAAUACACUCUGGUGUGGAUGGGCUGCAUAAAGAUCCACAUUCAGAGAAUGAGCUUCCUGUGGGUUUAUACUAAGACUGAAUUCUAGUGUCUGCAGAUCCCUUCCUUUUAUUCGCGUUUGCAAGUACAGUGGUACCUCGGGUUAAGUACUUAAUUCGUUCCGGAGGUCCGUUCUUAACCUGAAACUGUUCUUAACCUGAAGUACCACUUUAGCUAAUGGGGCCUACUGCUGCUGCCGCGCCGCCGGAGCACAAUUUCUGUUCUCAUCCUGAAGCAAAGUUCUUAACCCGAGGUAAUAUUUCUGGGUUAGCAGAGUCUGUAACCUGAAGCGUAUGUAACCUGAGGUACCACUGUACAGUGGUGCUUCGGGUUACAAACGCUUUGGGUUUCAAACUCUGCUAACCCGGAAGUAGUACCUCGGGUUGAGAACUUUACCUCAGGAUGAGAACAGAAAUCGCAUGCCAGCGGCAGCAGGAGGCCCCAUUAGUGAAAGCAUACCUCAGGUUAAGAACGGUUUCAGGUUAAGAACGGACCUCCAGAACGAAUUAAGUUCGUAACCUGAGGUACCACUGUACUGUGGUUCCUUUUAAGUGUGUUUUUUUCUGUGGUAAUUUUGCAACAAGAACCAGAAAGCAUGUCAAGGCCCACUUCAAGAGCUGCUGUGGUCACCUGAGUGCUCUGAAGAAAUCUCAGCCUUGUGGCAAUCACAUGAUCGCCUGGGAGGAAUUUUAAGGUCAUUUGGCCUGGAGGAGUCAUGUGAUUGCCAAGCGAGAGAGGAGGCUGAACAAAGCCUGGUUGAUUUGCUGAUUAGAUUGUUGCUCCAGGUUCACAUCCCCCAACUCACAAACGAGGCUCACACAAAGAAUAUUGGGAGCUGUAGUUUUUUUAAAGGGUGCUGUGAAUUGUCGCUCUGUGAGAGGCAAUCUACAGUUCUCAGGAUUUAGGGGAGGCCAUGUUUACGCAGCCUCUCAGCCCAUCUUACCUUGUGAGGUUGUUGUUGAUGACAAGAGCGAGGAGCAAUAUACCGUAUUUUUUGCUCUAUAAGACUCACUUUUUCCCUCCUAAAAAGUAAGGGGAAAUGUGUGUGUGUCUUAUGGAGCGAAUGCAGGCUGCGCAGCUAUCCCAGAAGCCAGAACAGCAAGAUGGACCACUGCUUUCGCUGCGCAGCAAUCCCUCUUGCUGUUCUGGCUUCUGGGAUUCAGAAUAUUUUUUUUCUUGUUUUCCUCCUCCAAAAACUAGAUGUGUCUUAUGGUCUGGUGUGUCUUAUAGAGCAAAAAAUACGGUAUGUUGCCUUGAUUUUCUCUGUAGGAUAUUUUCAGAAGAGGUAGAGUUUUUCAGCUUUUUCUCCCCAGGCGUAGGUUAAUUCACUUGCUUUCCCCCCUUCCAAACAGAACCUACCCUCGUCCUUAUGAAUAUCUGGACAUCUCAAAACUGCCCAAGAGCUGGGACUGGAGGAAUAUAAAAGGAGUCAACUAUGUGAGUGCCACACGCAACCAGCACAUCCCACAGUAUUGCGGAUCCUGCUGGGCUCAUGGCAGCACCAGCGCUUUAGCAGGUACGGAGGUCUAAGCUAUUAUUGCUUCGUAGGACUUGCUUCUCUGUCACUCUUGGCUCAUUUCCCCAUGACUGGUCAACAGAUACUCUGUUUUGCAUUAGACCAUUGCUUCUUGAGAUCUGUCCUUUUGGUGGAAGUACAUAAAGAACAAAGGAGAUUCCCAUUAUUGGCUUAGACCAUUUGCCCAUCGAGUCCAGUAUUGCUGGCUCUGACAGAGGGGGAAGCCCUAGCUCCGUGGUACAGCACUGUUUUUUGCAAUGUUACUUACAUUGGUUGAAAAGUCAACUUUGGGGUUAACCCCUUUCCAUGGAGGCGCGGGUUACAGCAACAGCCAAGGUGACAUUUUUCCACCUUCGCUGCAUCAAGCAGUUGGUCCCUUACCUUUCCUGCCCUGACCUGGCCACAGUGAUCCAUGCGACAGUCACCUCCAGGCUUGACUACUGUAAUUCACUCUACGCGGGGCUGCCCUUGAAGCUGUCCCAGAAACUCCAGUGGGUGCAGAAUGGUGCAGCGAGGCUCACAGAGUCUCUGCCAUGGGAGCAUAUUCACCCAGUGCUUUUCCUGCUGCACUGACUCCCGGUGGAGUACAGGGUCAGAUUUAAGGUGCUGCUUUUGACCUUUAAAGCCCUUCACGGCCUAGGACCCUCGUACCUACUGGAUCACCUCUCCUGGUAUGCCCCAUGGAGAGCCUCAAGGUCCAUAAAUAGCAACACCCUAGUGGUCCCGGGCCCUAAGGAAGUUAGAUUAGCCUCAACCAGAGCCAGGGCCUUCCCUACACUGGCUCCGGCCUGGUGGAAUGCUCUGUCUCAUGAGACCAGGGCCCUGCAGGAUCUGAUUUCUUUCCGCAGGGCCUGUAAGACAGAGUUGUUCUGCCUGGCCUUUGGCUUGGAGUCAAUUUGAUUCCCUCCCCCUCUUCCCCCCCUUUCUCCUGUGAUGAUGCUACAUUUUAAUGUUUUAAUGUUGUAUUUUAAUCUUGCUUUUUAAGUUGCAUUUCAAUCAACUUGUUUUUUGUUGGUUGUUAGCCGCCCUGAGCCCUGUCUUGGCUGGGGAGGGUGGGGUAUAAAUAAAAUUUAUUAUUAUUAUUAUUAUUAUUAUUAUUUAUUAUUAAAAUGUAACUUAAACAGUCACAUAGAAUUGUAGAGUUGGAAGGGACCAUGAGGGUCGUCUAGCCCAACCCCCUGCAAUGCAGGAGUUUCCGACUAAACAUCAGGAUGAACUGUGUGACAGUAAGAACUCUUCAACAGUGGAAUAGACUCCCACGAGAGGUGGUGGACUCUCCUUCCAUGGAGGUUUUUAUGCAGAGGUUGGAUGGCCAACCCUCAUGGAUGCUUUAGCUGAGAUUCCUGCAUUGCAGGGGGUUAGACUAGAGGACCCCUGGGGUCCCUUCCAACUGUACAUUCUGUGAAUCUUUUACCCAACCUGGGGCUCAAACCCACAACCCUGAGAUUAAGAGUCUCAUGCUUUGCCAACUGAGUUAUACAAGAGUUUGUUGCUUCCUUGUUUAAUCCCAGCCUCCCCUCCCCUUUCUCUCCUCUGUUCAGGUUUAGAUUGUAAUCUCUAUGGGGCAGCGGCCUGCCUUCUUGUAAUCUGUUUUGUGAUGUGCACAUUGAUGGCACUAUACAAAAAGAUAAACUGUGUUAGGAUUGGGUCUCCCAAUUUUCUUUUAAAAAAAUUACUUUAACAGCAAGCCUAUGGAGGGACGGGUUCUGAACUGAGUCUGAGCAGCAAUGGUGGAGGAGAGGUCUAUUCUCCCCCAGCCCCUCUGUUUCCCCAAGCUUUCACCCACCUGAAGCUGCUUUUUAACCUGCUAGGCAUUUAACCUCUUCCUUUCUGUGAUUCAAUCCUAAAGCCCACCCCUUGAAUACUUCAAAGUUAAACUCUUAAGAGAGCCAAUGAGGGAUUCCUCCCAUGUAUUAUGUGGUCUGUGACAUGGAAUGGUGAAUUAUGUGUUUCUCUUCAUUUUCCAGAUCGCAUCAAUAUCAAGAGGAAAGGCAUUUGGCCUUCUGCCUAUCUCUCAGUCCAGAAUGUGAUUGACUGUGCCGACGCUGGCGGCUGCAGCGGAGGGGAUGACUUGCAGGUCUGGAGUUAUGCUCAUGAGCACGGCAUCCCCGACGAGACCUGCAACAACUACCAAGCUAAAGACCAAGGUGUGUGAGAUCCUUCCUGCGUGAAUCUGGCUGUAAAAGAGGGAAAACAACAGCAUUCUUUUUACACCAGCCUUGCUAAAUAAGUCCAGAUUUUACUAGCCUGCCACCCACUGCAAUCCAAAGUGGAAAACUAGAGCUUGUCUUUGCCCUUGAAAACAGGGGUUUUUUUUAUAUCCCUUUCCUCCACUUUGCUGGUUUUUAAUGGUAAUGUGUGCCUUAAAUGUGAUUUUUACAUUUAUUUAUUUUGGUUGUUAAAUAUUCCAGAGUGACUUGUGUUACUUGGAAACUAGGAUAGAAAAAGAUGCAAAUAACUAGGCUGCACCAGCUCUGCUGCAGCAAAAUUUUAUCUCGUACUUUUAGCUGCAAGAUCCCUGAUGUCAAAUAAAGGUGCUUGUUUUUGCAGACUGUGAUACGUUUAACCAGUGUGGAACGUGUGAUACUUUUGGAAAAUGUCAUAUGAUAAAGAACUACACCCGCUGGAAAGUUGCUGAUCAUGGUACUGUUAGUGGACGGGAAAAAAUGAUGGCGGAAAUCUAUGCAAGUGGUCCUAUCAGGUAAAGCACUACAAGGUUGCAUAAUAAGCAUGGCCUGUGGUCAAGGAUGAUGGGAGUUGUAGUUCAUCAACAAAUGGAGGGCUACAGAUUUCCCCACCUCUUCUUUAAAAAACAAAAACCAGUGAAACAGCCUUGCAAUACUGUAAAGCAAAUUGGUUAGCAACUUAUUCUUUGUUUUAGCCCACACAAGGUGCCAGCCCACAUAAGUCUGCUUGCAAAGCGUAAAAACACAACUCAAAGCAAAACAGGAGAAGUUAUAUGGCAACAGAACAAAGUAAUUUAAAAACACAGACCAGUUUCACUUUUAUUUCUUUAAUGAAGUAAAAAUGGCAGUCUAGAUUCUAGCAGGCGCUGUGGAAAACCCCCUUUCUAAAAUAGCUCUCUUAACUGAAGUUAGGCCUAAAUUAGGGAAGAAAAACUGCCUGAAAUAAAUCUGUUUUAAAAAUCUACUUAAGAAUUUGCUUAGGAGCCAUCUAAGCCUCCCACCCGUGGUGGGAAGGAACUUCUGUAGUAUGAAAAUAAUGUAAUUCAGCCCCCCCAACUGGUGCCCUCUAGAUGUUUUGGAUUAUAAUUCCUUUCACCCCACUGGCUGGAGCUAAUGAAAGUUGCCAUCCAAAACACCUGAUGGGUAUUGAGGUUGGAGAAGGCUGAUGUAAUAAGCAAAAGUGAUGUUUUUUUAGUGACCCAGUUUGGUUGAACCUCCUAUUCCAGUAUACUAUGGACGUAUUCCCAUGUUCAGAAUAGCUUCCAAAAUUACAAUUUAAUGCUUGGAAGAAUCUUACCAAAUGAAUAAGACUUCAGUCCUGUUUGCAUUUACCUGGGAGUAGGCCCCAUUGAACUUUGCGGGACUUGCAUCUGAACAGACAUUACACACUGCGUUGUAAACUUCACUCUGUUUAACGUGGCCCAUUAAACGUGUUUAAUGUGUGCCUUUUGGCAGAUUUCUGUUUACGAGCUAACUCGGCUUCUACAGUUGCAAUUAGACUAGCAACAACUUCCCCAUGUCUUCUUUGUGACUGGUCUUUUAAAAACCAAAUGUUUUUUCUUAAACUGCAAUGACCUCUAGUCUGUCUAAAAGUCUCUAGCAGACCCUGACACCGCCUUUUGAGAGUCCCUCCCCAUGGUGUUAGCAAGGCCCACUGAACUCAAUAGGAUUGACACUGGAGUAUAUAUGUAUAGGAUUGUACUGUUUAUCCUAUGAAAGCGCCAAUUUGUCUCACGCCUGACGCCCAAGCCAAUCUUUGCUCAGACCGUGCACCAUAUUCCUCAACAUUUUCCUGGAAGCCACAUUGUUUAUUUUAAAAAACCAGACUGAAAACCGUUGACCCUCGCCAGGUUUUUACCCAAAGUGGCUAUUCAAAAGCUGUUGGUUUGCAUUAGCAUUUUUAAUUGGAUGUAAUUUAAUUUAUACAGCUGUGGGAUCAUGGCCAGCCCGAAGCUGCACAAUUACACCGGAGGACUUUAUGCUGAACAUCAUCUGCUGCCGUCUAUAAACCAUGUUGUUUCUGUUGCUGGCUGGGGUGUCGAGAACGGAACCGAGUAUUGGGUUGUCCGGAACUCUUGGGGCGAGCCAUGGGUAAGCAGGAGAUGAAGACCGCAAGCAACAUCUCUCCACAAAGAGAGGUUGGAGAGUCCUACGGACAGGGCCUUCUCAGUGGUGGCUACCCUGAUGCAGUGCAGUUGUAAACGGUGAAGGAUGGCUUUGAUCCCCUAAGUCAAGGAUGAGAAACCUUGUGCCCGGGGGCCAAAUGAAACCCUUCUGUCUGGCCCUCAGAAAGGUUCCCAGGACUCCCAAGCCACACACCCUCUUCCUCAGGCCGCACCCUUCAACAGCCCUGCUUUGUACUCUUGCCUGACUCAAAUCCCUGGGAUAGCUCAGUUAAUAAAGCAUGAGACUUUAAACCCCAGGGUUGUGGGUUCAAAUUUGACGUUGAGCAAAAAGAUUCCUACAUUGCAGGGGGUUGGGACUAGAUGACCCUUGUGGGUCCCUUCCUACUCCACAUUUCUGUGAAAUGUCCGCUCGAACUCUGACAAUGCUUCUUCCUUGCUUGGAGGAUAGAGGGGAGCGGGAGAGGAAACGAGCCUCCUGCUACACAAAAGCAAAAUUUACAUCCAUUGCUCCGCCCACUUUUGCAUCUAGCCAUGCCCACCAGUAGCUCAUGGCCCUUGAAAGGUUUGCUAGAGAGGAAUGUGGCCCUUGGCCAAAAAACAAUAACAUUCCCUGUCCUAAGUAAUAAAGAAUAAGAAUGUGGAAGGACAUUGGACAGAGCAAGUCUCUCACCUUCCAUUAUAUAUCGUUGUUGUGGCGCCCCCAGGGCUCUGUGCCCAGUGCAACCGAACCGCUUGUGUUCCCUAAAUCAGAGCUUUUCAACCUUUAUGGGUUCGCAGCUCCCUUGACCAACUGCCGUCUUUCUAUGGCACCCCUGUGGAGCUCAGGAGCCCAGUUCUGCCAUCCCUUGCCUGCAGAGCUGGCAGCCUCUCCACCCUUUUUUGAACACCCUUGUGGAGUGUUCCCUCAGCCUCCUCUCUUCUCCCCUCUCUUUGGGAGUCCUCUGGGCAGCCACUGCCGCUGCCCCUCGUCUCUUAAGCUGCUCCAAAGAAAGAUGUCGCCCCACAGGGGCCUGGGAAGCUCAUAGCUGGGGCUGCUGCAACAAACAGCCAUGCAAGGCUUUGGGAGGCAGAGACGCAAGAGGGCAUCAGAGGAGGGAGGGGAGGGAAGAGGGACAGAGGCCAGGGUUGCCCACAGACCCCUGACCAUCAUUCAAGCAGACCUUCUCUACUUGGAGAUGCUGGGGAUUGAAUCUGGGACCUUUUAGAUGCAAAGCAGAUACUUUGCCAAUGAGUAGUCAGUCAAAAUAGAUUCUUCUGAUUUUUAAAAGUUGAUGAGGACAAUAGCUUGGAUUCCUUCUGUUCUGCUCAUGGAUCAGGGAUUUCCUGCCUUGCCACUUCCAAGCUGCAAUUCCUUCUACACCCUGUAUCUACAGCUGAGCAUGGGGAGAUCCUCUGGACCGAUAUACAGGAAAACCGGGAACUCCCCCUGCCACUUUGCAUGAGAAGAACUGCUUUUGUUUUCACACAGGGCACUACUGGAUUCAAGCUGAUAAUUGCAAUAAUCUCUCUAGCAAGGAUACAGGCCAGUGUUCUCCUGAGCUCUGGAGCAGGAAAUAGGGUGUGAUUUGCAGGAGUGUAUGCCCAAGUUAGCAAUAACCAAUACCCAACCAACCAGAUCAGUGUGUUUUGUGGCUGAAGAUGGCAGGGGCCCGUGAUCCAGAAACCUGUGAUUUCUGCUGCUUGUUAAGAUCCCUUCUUGUCCUCCAGUAUGUGCACGACAGAUCUGGAAAGACAAUCUGUUUCUGCCCAUGCAGUUACCUGUAGGUGUUUCUGACAUGUGUUGUGCAAUGAGCAUUUUCAGGGCAGCACCAUAAGGUGAAAAGUUGGCUGAACAUGAAGUUGUCCUGAUACACCUGUGUACUGAUGCAAAUUUAUCUCUUUCCAGGGCGAGAAGGGCUGGCUUAGAAUCGUAACAAGUGCAUAUAAAGGGGGAAAAGGAGCAUCCUACAACCUUGGCGUUGAAGAACAAUGUGCUUACGGAGACCCAAUUCUUCCUUAA